UCCAUGUCCAGCUGCUGGGGGUACACUGAUCCAAAAAGGUUGAAAACCUGUGUACUAAUGUAUUUACUCUUGUAAACCUUGCUAAAUAGUGUGCAUUGCAUCUUGUCAUAUUUCCUUGCCCAUUCCAGCAGCUCUGCAAUUGUGUUGUUAACUUCAUUGUGCCUUUUUCUUUGUCAAACUUGUCAAGGUCUUUCCUAGAAUCAUAGGAAAUAGGGCUGAAAAAGGACCUGGAAGGAUCCUGACCCAAGUCAGGAUUGGCCAUUUUUAAACUCGGUAUACCUAUACCUUUACUGCUGCCUCUAAGAACCUUGGUGUCUGUUUUUCCUAGAGUGCACUGGGAAGCUUUUUGAGGAUAAUUUAGUUUACUGUUGUCAGCAUGUUAUUCAGAUGUUUGGUACAUUACUUCCUAUAGCUUGCUCUGCUUACUCUUCCUAAGCUUUCUCACACUUGUCUUUCACUCCCAGCAUCCAUAACUCAAACGUCGCAGUCAGUUAUUUUAUCUUGCAAUAUGCAGCCACUCUUUCUCUUAUGUUCUGCUUCCUUAAAUUGUUCAGUUGUUCACUUGCUUGUUUCUGCUUUCUAGUUCAAUUUUCCGGUCAGUAUAUUGUACUCUGCUCUUAAGUUUGCAUCUUUGUUUUUAUUCUUUUUCAGUUUCCUAUGCUGUCAGCCAGAUGCAGCACAGUAGCCCAACACUUGUUCAGAUGCUCUUAUAAUCUCAUUUUUGUGUUGUUUCAUGUCUCUCCAGCCCCUACUCUUUCUUUUAUCAAGACGCAUGCCCCUUCCAGUUUUAUCUUUAAUUAUUCAUUUUAAAACCCUCAUCACUGAUGCACCUUGUCUCAACACUUCCUGUAUUGCUUUCAGUAGAUCAUUAUAAAACAUGUCAAUUUCUUCUUUGGAGGGGUUACUAAGUUGGGACCUGUACUUGUGUUUCUGUUACUUAGCUGGAUUAGAUUUCUAAAUGUCACCUUUAACAUGAAAAGUUACUGUAAGAGGCUGGAUUGCUUUCUGUUUUAGGAAUAAUGCAACUCUGUUCCUGAGGUGUACUAUCUUGCCAGGCUCAAUAGCCUGAGUUGACUUUUGGUGUAAAUUCUUCUGUGCCUUCUGCUCUUAUUUCACAUAUGCCAAUAAUUUCAGUCACAGUCCUUUCAGUGUUGUCCAUCAUUACCACAAGAGUUCUUGCUUUUACUGAUGCUGUUACAAAUACCUUAUCCUUUGAGGCUUACCAGUUGAGUCUUUGCAUAUUAUUGUGUCUCUUCUUUGCGAGUUUUUGUUUUUUCAGGUCUUAUUCUUCUUGCGCUUACCCCCUCCCUCCUUCCUAUUUUGAGUUAUGAAAUACUACUCUGGUUUAAAUGGGCUGCAACCAAGAUGGCAUGAAGAAUGAAGUUGGAGGAUGUUUGGGGAAUGAAUCGGGAUUUCAGGAAGAGAGGCUGGCAUCAUGGCUGAAGGCAGUUGAGUACUGCACUGGAGUGUUGGACAGAAGCCUUCUCUCUGCUGCAGCUUAUACAACUAGUCAAAUAGCCUAAACCCAACUUUUUACUCACUUCUGGAUGACCAAUGCAUUUCUUAAUUGAUGAUGUUGGGACCUAAAUCUACAACUUCCCCCUUGUUCCAGCUCAUAACAAUGUGUACAAUGCAAAGGCCAGAAUUCAGGAUCACAAAAACAUUACUUUUAAAACUUUCUAGAUGAUUGUAGUUGCUUUGGUUGUGUUCUACGCUAGUAGAAGCCUUUUUCAAGGUGUACUGCUGACUUUAGGGCAGCACUUCCCCUUUUUAUUGGGAACCUUGGGGGCUAGCAACAUGGGAAACUCCUGCAUAUGUCGAGAGGAUAGCGGAGUAGAAGACAAUGUGGAAUCUCAGAACCGGCAAGCAGAGACCAGUAGAGUACCAGUACCUGAAGCAAGAAGCUAUCCAAGGGACCCUGUAAGGCCACCCAGGAGGGGUCGAGGCCCACAUGAACCAAGAAGAAAAAAACAGAAUGUGGACGGGCUGGUGCUUGACACGCUGGCAGUGAUUCGGACACUGGUAGAUAAUGACCAGGAGCCUCCGUAUUCAAUGAUCACAUUGCAUGAAAUGGCAGAAACAGAUGAAGGAUGGCUGGAAGUUGUCCAAUCUUUAAUUAGAGUUAUUCCAUUAGAAGAUCCACUGGGACCAGCUGUUAUAACAUUACUACUGGAUGAGUGUCCACUGCCAACAAAAGAUGCACUACAGAAGUUAACUGAAAUACUAAAUUUGAGUGGAGCUGCCGCAUGCCAAGAUGCUUGUCAUCCAGCUAAACAUCGUAACACAACUGCAGUGCUGGGCUGUUUGGCAGAGAAACUAGCAGGUCCUGCAAGCAUAGGCUUACUCAGCCCAGGAAUAUUGGAAUAUUUACUUCAAAGCUUGAAUUUCCAGUCUCAUCCAACAGUGAUGCUUUUUGCACUAAUAGCACUGGAAAAGUUUGCACAAACAAGUGAAAAUAAAAUGACCAUUUCUGAAUCCUGUAUUAGCAACCAGCUUGACUUGUUAGAGAAAUGGACAGAUAAUCCAGAUUAUUUAAAACGCCAAGUUGGAUUCUGUGCCCAGUGGAGUUUAGACAAUCUAUUUUUAAAAGAAGGCAGAGAGUUUACAUAUGAGAAGGUUGACUUGACCAAUAUUAGGGCAAUGCUGAAUAGUAAUGAUGUCAGUGAAUACCUUAAGAUCUCACCACAUGGACUGGAGGCUCGAUGUGAUGCCUCAUCUUUUGAAAGUGUGCGAUGUACAUUCUGUGUUGAUUCUGGAAUUUGGUACUAUGAAGUCAAAGUAAUCACUUCCGGAGUGAUGCAGAUAGGAUGGGCCACCAAAGAUAGCAAAUUUCUCAAUCAUGAAGGUUAUGGUAUUGGGGACGACGAGUACUCCUGCGCAUAUGACGGCUGCCGGCAGCUGAUUUGGUAUAAUGCCAGAAGUAAACCGCAUUCCCACCCGUGUUGGAAAGAAGGAGACACAAUUGGAUUUCUACUAGAUUUACAAGAAAAGCAAAUGAUCUUCUAUUUAAAUGGAAACCAGCUUCCAGCUGAAGAACAAGUGUUCUCAUCUGCUAUAUCUGGCUUUUUUGCUGCAGCAAGUUUUAUGUCCUAUCAACAGUGUGAGUUCAAUUUUGGAGCAAAACCUUUCAAGUAUCCACCAUCAGUCAGAUUUAGCACCUUUAAUGAUUAUGCCUUCCUGACAGUGGAAGAGAAAAUAAUUUUACCAAGACAUAGACGUCUGGCCUUGUUGAAGCAAGUGAGCAUCCGAGAGAACUGCUGCACGCUUUGCUGUGAUGAGAUAGCAGACACAGAACUCAGGCCAUGUGGACACAGUGACCUGUGCAUGGAGUGUGCCUUGCAACUGGAAACCUGCCCUUUGUGUCGACAGGAAAUACAGACUAGAGUCAGACAGAUCUCCCACAUUUCAUGACACGUGGAGAAAUAUAAUGGACUUAUUUCUAAGCAUUUCCAGCCAAUACCAAAAGGGGAAAGCAUCUCUAACACAUCUAUAUGCUCAUCGACACAAUAGCCAUGGCCAGAUUUCAUGCUAAACUGUAGUCCAUUUCUUAGAAAUGAAAUCCUUAAUAAGCUAAUCCAAGUUGCCAGCACUGGGGAAAUGGUUUUAACAGUAAUGAAACCUGGUAGUUCAACAUGUCAUGGCUGUUGGUUACCUGCAAACAAGACUGCAGGAGAGUGUGUUUCUUUCUCCUUUUAUAUCUCCCCCCCACCCCAUCUCACCUGUCACAAGUGCUGAAAAAAAAAGUUGCACUGGAAAUACACACAUGAAGUACAUAAAAUCUCCAAAAACAGGGAUGUCUCAGACUCGACAGUCUUUAUUUUUGGCAGAAGUCAUUAAUAAAAAGUAUGCCAAUAUCUCUUGUUUAAUGUAGCUGCCUGCUGGUCAGAGAUUCUGUAUUUCUAGACUGUGGCUGUUAAACUGCUGAAAGACUCGAUCUGUACACAAACAGGCUGAUCUGAAAAGAAGUUGCAGAGACUAGAAAAACUCAAGUUUUUGAUAACUCAGUGAUUCCAAAGAACAUUCUGAUUUUUCUUUUUUUUUUUUUUUAAACUGCAGAAGAUUGUUGGUAUUUUCACUUCAUGGUGUUUCUUAUAACUUCGGUUUCAGUACCCAUACUUUGUUAAAAAAAAAAAAAUUCAGAAGGAAUUCUUAUGCUAAUUGUAAUGCUGGACUGGAAAGAGUUUGAUAUUCUGGGUAUUUUUAAGGUACCAUCAAUCUUUUUUUUUUUAAUCAGUAUUGUUUUUGCAAGUUAUGUACAUUUUGAAAAUAUUGAGCUAUAUUCUCAAAAGAUUGGGAAAGAAUUCUGGGCAAAUGUAUUAAUAUUGUUUUAAAAAAAUACAUGUUAUUUGACUAGCAAAUUCA